CCCUCGCCCAGCGCCCCUGCCGGCCCUGCCGGAAGAUGGUCAACGACCGGUGGAAGACCAUGGGCGGCGCUUCCCAACUUGAGGACCGGCCGCGCGACAAGCCGCAGUUGAGGAAACCAAGGUUCAGUGAGCGGCCGAGCUGUGGCUACGUGCUGUGCACUGUGCUGCUGUCCCUGGCUGUGCUGCUGGCUGUGGCUGUCACUGGUGCUGUGCUCUUCCUGAACCACGCCCAUGCACCGGGCACAGCACCUCCACCAAUCGUCAGCACCGGGGCCGCUGGCGUCAACAGCGCCCUGGUCACUGUGGAGCGGGCUGACAGCUCACACCUCAGCAUUCUCAUUGACCCACGCUGCCCUGACCUCAGCGACGGCUUCGCCCGCCUGGAGGGUGCCCAGGCCUCAGUGCUGCAGGCACUGGCCGUGCACCAGGCCCAGCCUCGGCUGCCGGGUGAGCAGGAGCAGGAGCUGCUGGACACGCUGGCAGAACAGCUGCCUCGGCUGCUGUCCCGGGCCUCAGAGCUGCAGGAGGAGUGUGUGGGACUGCGGAAGGGGCACGGCACGCUGGGCCAGGGGCUGAGUGCCCUGCAGAGUGAGCAGGGCCGCCUCCUCCAGCUUCUCUCUGAGAGCCAAGGCCACAUGGCUCACCUGGUGAACUCGGUCAGUGAUGUCCUGGAUGCUCUGCAGAGGGACCGGGGGCUGGGCCGGCCCCGAGUCAAGGCCGACCUUCAGAGGGCACCUGCCCGGGGAGCCCGGCCCCGGGGCUGUGCCGGCGGUUCUCGGCCCCGGGACUGUCUGGAUGUCCUCUUGAGUGGACAGCAGGACGAUGGUGUGUACUCUGUCUUCCCUAUCCACUACCCAGCUGGCUUCCAGGUCUACUGCGACAUGCGCACAGACGGUGGCGGCUGGACGGUGUUUCAGCGCAGGGAGGAUGGCUCCGUGAACUUCUUCCGGGGCUGGGAAGCGUACCGCGAUGGCUUCGGCAAGCUCACGGGGGAGCACUGGCUAGGCCUGAAGAGGAUCCAUGCCCUGACCACACAGGCUGCCUAUGAGCUACAUGUGGACCUGGAGGACUUUGACAACGGCACGGCCUAUGCCCACUACGGGAGCUUUGGCGUGGGCUUGUUCUCUGUGGACCCAGAGGAAGAUGGGUACCCGCUCACCGUGGCUGACUACUCGGGCACUGCAGGCGACUCCCUCCUGAAACACAGUGGCAUGAGGUUCACCACCAAGGACCGUGACAGUGACCACUCGGAGAACAACUGUGCUGCCUUCUACCAUGGCGCCUGGUGGUACCGCAACUGCCACACAUCUAACCUCAACGGGCAAUACCUGCGAGGCGCGCACGCCUCCUAUGCUGAUGGUGUGGAGUGGUCUUCCUGGACCGGCUGGCAGUAUUCACUCAAGUUCUCUGAGAUGAAGAUCCGGCCAGUCCGGGAGGACCACUAGACUGGUGCAC